UAUGCCGAGUAAAAUUUACUACGGCUCGAGUAACAGCUCAAGUGACAACUGCACCGAAGUGGACCAUCUCAUUAAGCGCUACUACCUGCCCGCCGCAUACGGUGCGAUCUUCAUCAUGGGCGUUGUGGGAAACAUCAUAGCUCUGCUGGUCUACGUGCUCAAAGUUCGUCCCUGGAAGAGCAGCACCAUCAUCAUGGUGAACCUCGCCAUCAUUGACCUUCUCUUUAUGGUCAGCUUGCCCUUCUUGGUCUACUACUACGUCCUUGACGACACCUGGACGCUGGGGGUCACCAUGUGCCGCUUUGCGCGAUUCAUGUUCCACUUCAACCUCUAUGGCAGCAUCCUCUUCCUCACCUGUCUGGCCAUCUUCCGGUACGUGGCGAUUGUGCAUCCGUUUCACAUGCAGAGCAUCAAGCAGAAGCGAUGGGGCGUGUUGGCUUGCGUCUUGGUUUGGGUCGUGACAAUAGGCGAGUUAGGUCCGAUUUUUUACAUGUUUGAGACAGUGACAACGGACAAUAAGACAUACUGCUUGGACUUUGCGAGCAACAACGUAAAAAUGAUCUGGCCAUAUAGUUGGGCUUUGACCGUCCUGGGAUAUUUGCUUCCUCUGGUCGUGGUCUGUCUUUGCUAUUGGCGCAUCAUUAAAGAGCUAAAGAAGGGUCCUCAUAUGGGAAGCACGACACGGGUUAAAGCAAGGCGACUCAUCGCGUUGAUAUUGACUUGCUUUAUUGUUUGCUUUCUUCCCUAUCACGUGCUACGAGCUCUGAGAAUAUACACGAAACUCACUUUGGAAACCCACUGCAUUCUGGAUCGUGGCGUUCACGCCGUCUACAUUAUUUCGAGGCCGAUCGCUGUACUUAACAUAAUUUUCAACCUGCUGCUCUACACGUUGUCGGGGGACUUUAAGCAGGCCUUAAUGGAUCUGUUUAAAUCUGACCAGCUCAUGGGGAUCGGUAAAGUGGCUGUGAUCAACAAACCCACGACCAAUAUCACAUACGAGCAAAGCAGCUGAAACUCAAGCCACUGUUUCAGUCU